AUGGCUAGUAACGAUGAAUAUGAAAUCGCUCUAAUCGAGAAUGAAAACGACGCUCAUUUAUGUGCUAAGCUACUUGCAGAAGAAUUUGCUUUACACAAUCCUUUGUCGAUUUUUCAUCAAGCAACAGCCGAGCAAUCAUUUGAUCAAUGGGUUUGGCCAUUCAUGAUCGAUGUAUUUGAUGAAAAAUUAUCAUUUUUUAUACGACAUCGUCCAACGAAUGAAAUUAUUGCAGCAAUCAUAGCCAGUGACCUAUUCUUAUAUUGUGAAAAACAUCCAUAUGAUGCUUCUAGUCCUGCAUCUCAUAAUCCAAUCAAAGAUUUAAUAGAAGAAAUGCUUCAUCAAUUUGUUCAUCGUGAUUUCGACCAAGAAUUAAAGCCGAAUAUGGUUCUAUUUAUUAUGGCUGGUGCAACACGAUCUGAAUAUGUAGGUAAAGGUUUCGGUGCUCAGUUACGUACAGAUAUAUGUAAUUAUGCACGAGAUACAAAAGGAUUUCAAUAUGCAUUUGUGCAAACAUCUAAUCCAGCAACACGUCAUAUCUAUAUUAAAAAAAUGAAUGGAAAAGAAAUGGCAAUUGUUGAUCCAGCCACUUGGUUAUGGAAGAAGAAAGAUGAUGGUUCAUCAUGUCCACUUAAAGAUUAUAAAGAUGAACCAAUUGUCAAUAUUCUUGUCAAUCUGACUGAACGAAAAUAA